GGGGGGCGGGCCGGGCGAAGGGAAAUCGAAAGGGGUCCGAGCCGGGCUCCCGCGGACACACAGACCCGGACCAUGGCCAAGGCCUGCGCUGUGAAAGUCAGCGGGGAGUCCCGCCGGCAGGUCGAGCUCUUCAGGGAAUCUCUCUUCAAGGAGGCUGAGCAAUUCCUGUCAACAUUUUUACCCCAAAAAAUCUUUCAACUGGACAAGUUCCUGAAGGAGGAUUCACUGAACAUCAAGGAUCUCUCGACCCUCCGGGCCCCCCUGGAUAUCCCCAUCCCUGACCCGCCCCCCAAGGAUGAGGAUGAGGACUCUAAUAACAUGGAGACGGAUAAGGAGGAGAAGAAGGAGGCUCCCAAAUGUGGCUACCUGAAGGGCAACGAGGCCAUGGUGAUGCUGCUGGGCCGGGUCAAGCCAGAGGUGUGGGAGCUGAAGGAGAAAUGUGUUUUGGUCAUCACCUGGAUCCAUCACCUGAUCCCCAGAAUUGAGGACGGGAAUGAUUUUGGGGUGGCCAUUCAGGAGAAGGUGCUGGAGCGGGUGACGGCCAUCAAGACCAAGGUUGAGGGCUUCCAGACAGCCAUUUCCAAAUAUUUCUCUGAGCGAGGAGAUGCUGUGGCGAAGGCUUCGAAGGAGACCCAUGUGAUGGAUUACCGGACUCUGGUCCACGAGCGGGACGAGGUGAUCUAUGGGGAGAUCCGGACCAUGGUGCUGGACAUUCGGGGCUUCUAUGCUGAGCUCUAUCACAUCCUCACCCAGAACCUGGAGAAGCUGACAAACCCCAAGGGCGAGGAGAAGCCGUCCAUGUACUGAGGGGCCGGGGCCCCAACCAGACUGCAAAUAAAUGGGUCCCCCCGAAA